GCUAAACGUAAACAUUGCGUGAUCGAUAGCAGUAUCGGCUAACGACUCGCGCCCAGUUGACGAGGACGGUGCUUAGGUCUCGCCACGAGCACGUCUUGACGGUGAGGUUCGUGACGACGGAUGCCCAGGAGGAAUAAUGAGUGCGCCUUGACCUUGCGGUGCGGGGGCCGAGACGCGCGAUGACGCCAGCGCGGCCGGCACGCGUUAACGUUUUGGCUUUCGGGUGCGAUCCUUCGCGGACGCCAUCCGCGUAAUCGGCGGUCAGCGCGAUUUCAAAGUUGGCGUCAAAAAUACCGGGGCGGGUGGGCGCCACGACGCCGGGGACUCACAAAGCGCUCAUUCCGCGAGCCGGCGCCGACGCCGACGCGCCUCGAACGACCGACCGACCGAGCUGACUCCCGCCGACCGAGCACCCGCGACAUGCUCACACCUCGACAUGGGUAAUGUGCAGUGCUGCGCUAGCGAUCUUCUCGAAGGCAAAGCCUCUAAGAAACCGAAGAACAAGAAGAAAAACAAAAAAGAGAAGAAAGAAAGUAGUGAAAAAACUAACGGUGUCGGAGGUGGUAGCAUAAACGAGAGUGUCAAUAAAGUUACGAAGGUGGCAGAAGACAACUCCGAUAGACCUGCGUCUCAGACGGCGCAGGUGCAGGCGUCGCCGCUGCCUGAUAACCCCGUGAAAAACUCUCAGGACUCUCUAAACAUGACGCAUCCGACUGAUUCAAAUUCUAUUAAAAGUGAAACACGCAACGAAACUAUGGCCGCAGCACGGGAACGCUUCUUUGGUCAGAUACCAGAAUUCACCUUAGAUGGCAACAACAGUCUAAAAUCCAACGGAAGCGCCAAAGACCUGGCCUCCGUUAUGGAGAACCUCAAGAAGAGCAGCCUCGCUCGCCAAAAUCAGACUCUCAACACACAGGUCACAGGCUCUUUGAAAAAACAAAUGGUGUCCAGUACAACUUCGAGUAGCGCGGUCACGAGCCAGAGGUUACAGAGCUCAUCACAACGCGCUAGCUCCAUGAAAUCUGACCUCACAGACCUCAAAAGUUCCAUUUCAGAAAUGAAAACACUCAGCAAUACUGCUGCUUUAAAUUUCGGACAAAGAUUAAGAAGCUCGAUGGAGAACAUUGUGGAUCAGGAUGACAUAAAAGACCGGCAUAUUACUGAUAUACGAGAUUUCAAUGAUAUGGGAAAUAUUGGAGACAUAAAUGACAUCAACGAUUUGGCUGGAGAUGGCCCAUUAGUUACCUUUCCUGAGUCAGACACGCCGCCGCCUGAUAAACAGUGUCUACUAGCAAGUAAUGCUGCAUCCGUGGGAUCAAACGCUGCAAAUGAAUUAAAAUACAGUGCAGCUCGAAUGACAUCCGCCAGCUCUACACGAGUCAUUACCGACGGAUACAGUGCAUCUAAGUCAGAGGCUAACAGCACAAGGAUGCGCCGGCUACAACACGGUGACAUGCAAUAUGCGGAACGUAGUGCUGCUGGAGCCUCACACAAACUAUUACAAGCUGAAGGACUAACUGCGGAGCAAAAUGCGGCCUAUCUCCAAGAAAAGCGUUCUCUACAAGCCGGAGAAGUGUUAGCACAAGAAGCGAACAACAUGUCUUCAUCAAGUUCACGUUUACAAACGGAAGCAUUUAGUGCUGAAAAAAAAGCUAUGGCUUCAUCACAAGCACGACAAACUGUAACCUCAAGUGGCAUGUUCAGUCACAAGGAACACUCUAGUGUGGCACAUUCUAAUAUGACAAUUUCGAGUAAAAACCUGACAACAAAAUCAACUUUACUAUCGUCACAGAUGAGUCAAUUAUUGAACGGAACAGUUAAACCCGGCGAUGAAGACCUUUCGAAUUUAACGUUUGAAGACUUAGACAAAUUAGAUACAAAUUCAAAUCAGAAAGAUGUUGAAUCAGCUAUACAGAAAUAUUCUCAUCGAAUGAAUGCAUUUAUAACUGCAAUUAAAAACAAUCAAAUAGAUUUAAAAAAUGCGUGCUCACAUUUUAACAAAUUAAAUGAAAUGAUAAGGAGAGCAUGGGCAGUACCUACGUAUGGACACGAGUUGGGCUACUCCUUAUGCAACACUUUACGAACGUCUGGUGGACUAGAUAUAUUGAUGGCUAACUGUAUAGAAUCAAAUAACCCUGACUUACAAUUUUGUUCAGCAAAACUACUUGAACAGUGUCUUACGACCGAAAAUAGAGAUCAUGUUGUAGAAUAUGGACUAGAAAAAGUCGUAAAUAUUGCUUGCGUGUGUACAAAACAUGCACACUCUGUAGACCACUCAAGAAUUGGUACUGGAAUUUUAGAACACUUGUUCAAACACAGCGAAGGCACUUGUAGUGAUGUUAUUAAACUAGGAGGUUUAGACGCUGUUUUAUUUGAAUGCAGAAAGAAUGAUAUAGAAACUCUUCGUCAUUGUGCCACAGCGCUUGCUAAUCUUUCAUUAUAUGGUGGCGCAGAGAAUCAAGAAGCAAUGAUAAAGAGAUCAGUUCCAAUGUGGUUGUUCCCUCUAGCUUUCCACAACGACGACAAUAUUAAGUACUAUGCAUGUUUAGCUAUUGCUGUUUUAGUAGCAAACAAGGAAAUAGAAGCUGCUGUCCUAAAAUCGGGUACUCUAGAUCUGGUAGAACCAUUCGUUACAACACACAAUCCAUCUGAAUUUGCAAGAUCUAAUUUGGCACAUGCUCAUGGCCAAAGUAAAAACUGGCUUCAAAGGUUAGUGCCUGUCCUAAGCUCUAAGAGAGAAGAAGCUAGAAAUCUAGCUGCAUUCCACUUUUGCAUGGAAGCCGGAAUUAAGAAACAGCAAGGUAACACUGAAAUCUUUAGAGAAAUAGGGGCUGUAGAAUCAUUGAAAAAAUGUGCUAGCUGUCCGAAUGCGGUAGCAUCAAAAUAUGCUGCACAAGCAUUAAGGCUAAUAGGUGAGGAAGUGCCUCACAAACUGUCACAACAAGUUCCUCUUUGGUCAAUAGAAGAUGUUCGAGAAUGGGUAAAGCAGAUAGGUUUUUCAGAAUAUGCGAACAACUUCUAUGAAAGCAGAGUUGAUGGAGACUUGUUACUACAAAUAACAGAGGAUAAUCUCAAAGAAGACAUAGGAUUACAUAAUGGAAUCAAACGUAAAAGAUUCACCAGAGAACUUCAACAAUUAAAGAAAAUGGCAGACUACAGUUCACGGGACACGGGCAGCUUAAACGAAUUUCUACAAGGCAUUGGUCCAGAGUACACCAUUUACACAUACUCAAUGUUAAACGCUGGUGUCGAUAAAGAAUCUAUUAGAGGUUUAAGUGAUGAGCAAUUAGAAGUUGAAUGUCGGAUAGGCAACAGCAUACAUAGACUUCGAAUUUUAAAUGCAAUACGAGCGUACGAGAGCAAUUUACUUAGUAAAGGCGAAGAAAAUAUGGAAAAGAAGUUAGACGUGUUCGUGAGCUAUAGAAGGUCAAAUGGUUCUCAACUAGCGAGUUUGUUGAAAGUUCAUCUUCAAGUGAGAGGUUUUACGGUAUUCAUCGACGUAGAAAGGUUGGAAGCCGGGAAAUUCGAUAACAACUUACUUCGAAGCAUACGACAAGCUAAGCACUUUUUGUUGGUUCUUACACCAAAUGCCCUUGAAAGAUGCAAGCAAGACACAGAACAAAAAGACUGGGUUCAUAGGGAGAUAGUGGCAGCGUUGCAAUCACAAUGCAAUAUUGUGCCAAUUAUCGACAACUUUGAAUGGCCAGAGCCUGAAGAAUUGCCAGAAGAUAUGCGCGCAGUGUGCCAUUUCAACGGCGUGCGGUGGAUACAUGACUAUCAAGAUGCGUGUGUUGAGAAACUGGAAAGUUUCCUUCGUGGUAAAUCCAACUUGGCUAACAGAAUGGAAGGUGCAUUGAGAAAUCGUGACGUACAGACGCCCGGUACGGCUGCGAUAGGUCGCGGUCCACCUAACUACCAACGCAUGCACUCUAGCGAAAGUAGAGGUAGUGAUAAAACAGAUUGACUAGAAACGUUACACACUCUGCCACCAGUAAGACCACGUAGAAGUCGACAGUCAUCAGUAGAAAGAGCUUCAGCAAAAUCACAAAGUUUUGAUCAAUCAUCAAAUAGUAGCAGCAGCUCGAAAACAAAUUCGCCUGUCAAAACUUUAUACAGCCUUCCCGAAAGACUAUCUGAAUGUAGUGACAAUUUAGAGACUAAAGAUGUUCAAGAAAAUCUCGAAGAUAAGAAAUGUCCUGUCUGCGACCAUCCUAUGGAUUCAUUUGAACACGCGCGAAUGUCACUAUCCGCACCCUUAGAUGCUACGACGCAAACAAAGAGGAAAAAAAAUUUCAUGGACAGAUGUGUGAAUAAAGUGAGACUUUGUUGAUGGUUAAUAUAAAAUGUGUUGUUGAGUAAAUACUGGACGUGCUUACAGAGUGUGUAACAAUAAACUGUUUUAGCUGCAUUUCCACAUGCUAAUAAUUUAUGAACACAAGUUGCUUGCGACGCUGUUUGUCAUUGUAUAACGUAUCUGAUCUUCAGUGAAUCCUGCCAUUUAGUUUCGAUAUUGAGACUACUAAAGAUACGUCUGUAUUUUGUGCGUAGUUUUAAAUUUUGCUUUCGACGAAUACUGCUAAGUUUGUGAUCAGACAGCGGUGCGACUUUCAUAGUAUAAGUGUUUUUCUUAAUGUGGAAACCGGCUUAAUUCUACCCAUUCGCAUAUUUAUGUGAAUCUUAUUUUAAAGUACAAAAAUGUGCACAACCAUGUAAAUAUUUAAUGUAUGCCACUUCAAUAUUGUUUGUGGUCUCUAAUAUACCAUUAAUUGGUAAUUUAAAUUAAGUAAUCUCAAAGAGUGCAUGUAAAAAUUUUUACAUAUACAAUGUGACUAAUAAUUACUACCCUGUGAUGUUACAAGAACAUUGCAAGAGGUGGUAACAAGAAGAAUUAAAGUAUACAUUAGUAUGGCAAAUUGCUUUAAUGUCUUUACUUUGGCUAAUUAAGAUUUUGUAACUCUCACUCUCUCUUCACUCUCUAUAGAAUUUAAAAAAUGAAUUUAUUGAUAUAUUCUAUUUUAGUUUCUUGCCACAAAGUAUUUUGUAAAAUACAAAAGUCCUUAUAAAAUUAUUAUUUACAUAUGUGAUAGCUUAGAUCUUUUACAUAAUUAUAAAUGAAAUAUUAAUUUCUUCUUAUAUAUUGACAUUCAGUGUAAUUAUUUAUUUUCUCAUAAUAUUAUGGUAUCAAAAUUAUAUUGUACCUUUUAAGUUAUGAUUGAAUUGCUGUACAAAAUUUUACGUUACAUUUAAAAUUAGUCAUCCUCACGUUAACUAUAAUUAUGAUAAAUUUACUUCAUCAUGAUUAUACAUGUAUGUUCUAGCCUAACUAUAAAAUAAAUGGAAUUAAUCAA